AUGAAAAGUAGAUAUAUGAAUCGAGUUAUAGAAGAGAACAGCGAUAAUGCAUUGAGAUAUUUAGAUAGCUACAAGAGCGAGCUCUCAAGGAAAAAGGCUUGCAAUGCAGGAAAGUGCAGAAAGCAAGAGCACAGCGAAGAAAAAGGUGCUAGAAGAAGCUUUGUAGGGCUACUAAUAAAAAUCCUUUUUGUGCUUGCCCUUCUCGCUGAGCAGCAAGUCUGCGCAAUGCUAACAAGAAGUGACGCAGAGAGGGUGCAUCAAAUGGUAGUAAAUCCAGGGGAAAUAGUCAAAAAGGUGGCCAAUAUACAUGGCCCGCUAAGCCCAUUGAUGAUGUAUCUAUGCAACAAAAGAAAUGAUAUUCACAAACUGCGAUUCUAUUCAAGCUAUAUAUACCCAGGCUAUAUAGUCUCAAGCAAGGGAUAUGGCAAUAAAUACAGAAGAAACCCAGAUAAAGAUAGUGCGCGGCAUAAAGACUUAGAGUUAGGUAAAAUGGAUCACGCAAAAUUCUUUUAUAUUCUAAUGCAUAUGUUUCCUUCUCCUGAUGGAGAGUUAAGCAUUGAUCCAGCAAGAUACUCCAUCAAUUCAUUUACAAAAUUCCUGAACAGUGAAAAUAUAAAGAAGCAUGCCCAUACACUUCUUGCAACGCUUCUGCUAAGGACGGAAGGAAUAGAAGUGCCGCUGAAGCUUAAUAGAUCUAAUAAAAAAGUUUCGACCGUUACACUAAGAAAAGUAUGUAUAGAUGACAAAGAAAUGGCGCAGGAAAUGGGAUGCAUUGAGUUAAAUCUAUAUAAUCUGCAUUAUACAAAACAAAACCAUACCACUAAUCAAUUAGAGUAUUUUGACCAGGCUCACAUCUUGGAUGAUAUUAUUUGCUAUAUUACUAGAACAUGCGCGGACUCACAAGUUAAUGCCUAUAGAAAGGAUAUAGAGGGGGAUUUAAAAAAAGAGUUCUGGGACAAAUAUUUUAUUUCAAGCCCGAAUUGGCUUAUACAAUCGUACAUACACCACUAUCUGCAAACCAAAGAAGAAGCUGCGCGCUUUAAUAGGACUGUAUACAAGAUGGUGUCUGAUCAUAUGAUAGAGUGUAAAAAAGACAAUCAGCACAGUCAAAAGCAAACCGCAGAGAGGUUCUUUAGAAGAUGCUUUGUAUCUAAAUAUAAUAUUCAUAAAGCGGCCAAAUAUUGGGAAAUGCUAAAGGAAUUAGAAGAUCUCACUAUAUGCCCCGAAAAGGCCAGAUUAUUGCCUCCUGAUGAUUUUCUAAGGCUUUUCUUUAAAGAAGAAGCUACAAUACAUAUCCAUAAUAAUGCGUAUUUAGAAACAAAUGUGUUUUUAACUGAUGUUGAGUCUACAUUGUUGGGAAUGUUCUGCUGCUUUGCAUAUGAGCCAGAAAGCGAUACCUACAGUCUUGACCAUAUACCCAAUGCCCCGCAGGAGGCAAAGGAUUUCUUUUUUCAGCUGUCAUGCAGUAUUAAAAAACCUUUCGAUGAGUCAUCCAAAGUGCAAGAAGAUUUAAAUAAGAGUGAAUUAAAUAGCAGAAACUUAAAUGGAAAAUAUCUAAGCAAGAAAAUGCUUAGUAGUAUUCAUAUGGCUUGA